AUGGACCUAAGGAAUGGCAGCACAGUGACAGAGUUUAUCCUCAUGGGCUUUGAGCAGAGAUCCCCUUCUACUCAGGCAUUGCUUGCCAUUUUCCUACUCUUCUACAGCCUUGCCAUGGUCAUGAAUGGCCUCAUCACCUUCGUCACCUGGACAGAACCCAGGCUCAACAGCCCCAUGUACUUCUUCCUUGGCCCUGUCUGCUUCAUCACCACCACCAUCCCACAGAUGCUGACCCACCUGGUGGUCAAGAACCACAGUUUCGUCUCUUGCAUGACCCAGAUGUACUUGGUCUUCUGAGAGGGCGUGGCUGAGUGCAUUCUCCUUGCUUUUAUGGCCUAUGACCAUUACAUUGCUAUCUGCCACCCACUUAGCUAUGCCCAGAUCAUGAGCCGGCAGGUCUGUGUCAGGCUGGUGGGUACUGCCUGGUUCUUUGGGCUGAUCAAUGGCAUCUUUCUUGAAUAUAUGUCAUUCCAGAAUCCCUUCUGCAGAGAAAACCACAUAGAAAACUUCUUCUGUGAGGCCUCCAUAGUGAUUGCCCUCUCCUGUGGGGACCCCCAGCUUAGCAUGAAAGUGAUCUUUGCUGAUGCCAUUGUGGCGCUGCUCAGCCCCUUGGUGCUCAUUGUCACCUCCUAUGCCUGCAUCCUGGCCUCCAUCCUCAGCAGCACUUCCUCCUCAGGUCAAGGGAAGACCUUCUCUACUCAUGCCUCCCACCUGACUGUUGUCAUCUUUUUGUACACCUCAGUUAUGUUCUCUUACAUGAACCCCCACAGCACACAUGGGCCUGACAAAGACAAGCCUUUCUGCUUCCUCUACACCAUCAUCACCCCCAUGUGCAACCCCAUCGUUAGUUUCCACAACAAUGAAAUGAAGGGGGCCAUGGUGAGGGCCCUUGAGAGCCACCUGGCCCAGGCAGAGUCUGUCUAG